GAUCGAGCAAUUGAAAGACAUAGAGCAGCAAGAUUAGCUCUUCAAAGAAGGACUCCAGAUGAUAAUCUUGACAGACGUUCAGCAUUUUUAAAAGAUUAUUAUUACUAUAAUACAUACCAUAAAAGAAUUAAUAAUGAAAAUAUUGAAGUAAACCCUCGAAAUGCUCCGAAAGAAAAUCCAACCCUUCUUCUGAAAAAAGCAGGUAUCGAUGAUAUCACUAUUCUUGAAUAUCAAGAUCGUAUUGGUGGACGUGUCCAUACCCAUUAUUUUACUGAUGAUCCUGACGAUGAAAGACGUUUAUACGGUGAACUUGGAGCAAUGAGAUUACCUUUUGUCCAAGAUCGACCGGAUCUUAGUCCACAUCAACUUGUCUUUGAUACAAUUGAUUAUUUGAAUGAAUAUAAUAAGAAUAAUGAUCCAGAUAAAGAACUAAAACUUAUUCCUUUUAUUAUAAGUAAUCCAAAUGCCUUAUAUUACUUUAACAAUAAAAAAGCUCCAUCCGGUGAAAUAAUGACUAACAAUUACUCCGAAAGCAUUGUUGACGUAAAACAAUUGGGAUUACCCGAUAGCAUUCCAAAUCAUUAUCUUAAACUUUGGAGUGAUGCAAUAAAACCUUUCCUUGAUGAAUUGGAUGCAAAUUUCACAAAUGGUCUUAUAAAUUUAAAACGUUAUGAUAGUCAUACUGCUUAUUCUUAUUUAAAAGAAAUCUAUCUUCCCAAAGUAUUACCAAACAAAUCCGCUGAUUAUGAAGAAAUUAUUAGUGCUAUUGAAUUGCAGGAAGUAGGAACGGGUGAAUUUUAUCAGUUUGGUUUUGUAAAUGCUGUUAUUGAUUCAUAUACUUUUGGAAGUCCUAAUUAUGAGUUAAGUUGGAGAACCAUUGAUAAAGGAAUGCAACGGUUACCUAAUGCUUUCCUGCCAAUGAUUAAAAAAGAAAAUAUUAAUCUGAAAUAUAACAGUGAAGUUUAUAAAUUGAAAAAAACAAGAGAUGAUAAAGUUAAAGUGUAUUGGAAGAAUAACGAAAAACAUGUCUCUCAAACUUUUGAUAGAGUAAUUGUCACUGUUCCAUUAGGUCUUGUCCGUCAUUGGGAUUUACCUUUAAAAUUAUCGUAUGGAAAACGAAGUGCAAUUCGUGAAUUGGAUUAUGGAUUUGCAGCAAAAAUAUUCCUUCAAUUCAAAUCACGUUUUUGGGAAAAAUCUCCCAAUGAAACUGGUGCUAAUCCUACAACCUCUAAUGUUGGAAUUGUUGGUGGUAUUACUUACACUGACCUUCCUAUUCGUGUUUUGGUUUAUCCUUCAAUAUAUCAAAAUAUAUCUGCCGAUAAACCUGGUGUUCUUUUAGCAUCUUAUACAUGGGAUAAUGAUGCGAUAAAAUAUGGUCAAUUUAGUGAGGAAGAAAAGUUUGAACUAGCAUUAAAAGAUUUAGCAACUAUUCAUGGUGACAUUGUAUAUAAAGAAUGGGUUCCAGGUAAAGAGAAUAAUAAGGCACAAUAUUGGGCAAAUGAUAGAACUUCUGGUGGUGCUUACGCACAAUUUGGUCCCACACAACUAGAAUCAUUAAUGGGCGCCAUGAUGAGACCGGAGGAAUCUAUUCAUUGGGCUGGAGAACACACUGACAUACACUGUGCUUGGAUUGUUGGUUCUUUAAACUCUGCAGUUAGAGUAGUCAAAGAAAUACUGUUUGCAAAUUUAAUGGGUGAUAAAUGGAAUGAAUUAAAGAAUUUGAGAUUAUUAAAAUAUUGGAAUGGAAAUAUUGAAGCUUUCAAAGGUUAUUGA